GAAGCAUUUGAAUAGUUGUAUGAAGAUCCCUAUGUUUCAGCGUUGGGAGGACAUGAUCUCGUGGUUGAUUGUAAAGUAUGGUAAGCAGACAGAGGAAGCUGAGGCAGGGAGGCUUAUUUGGCAGUCCUGGAUUAGUCAGAUGUGGCGUGAACGGUGCAGUAGAAUGUAUGGGGGCAAAGUCAGGAGCAUGAAUGAGGUAUUGGCUGUUAUCAGAACUGAAGUUGUUUAUGUUCUG